CAUGCUUCAAUAUUAAGCACUCUCUCUCUCUCUCUCUCUUAUGUAUCCUUCCGAAUUCGGUGGAAGCAAGUUCCCUUAAAUUUGCACUUCACUGAAUUUCAGUAACUUAUAUUCGAAUUUCGUGAUCUUCACAGAAUUCGAUUGUCUUUGUUCUGGAAGAAUGACAUUAGUUCUGUAUAGUUAGCAUGCUUUACUAGUCCAAUUAUGCAUUUCUCUGCCUUCAUUAAUUUGGGUUGAAUUAGAAAUCGGGUUUUCUUUGACUGGAUUAAGUUUCUCUGAAGGCAUUUCAAAUGUCAAUUGCUAUCCUUGAUCAUUCUUUUCAUGUUUAGAUGAGUUGCCUCUGGUUUUCCACUCAACAAAAAGCAAAUCAUGUAGAGAAUGUAUUUCAUGCGUAGUUAGCUGUUCCCCAUUGUAUUUGGCUGUAGAAUAUAGCCAUCUCUCACUUAGUUUUUUGCUAUAAACAUUCUCUGUUGUUGUGCUGGGGAGUGGCGGUUUAUUGAGCUUUUAAUUUGUGAGAUAUGGACUUGUUUUACUUCUUUCUCUUUGUUCUUUUAGUUUUUAGUGGCCACAACUAUGAGAAAGGAUCUGCAAUUACUGUCACAUAUGAUGAUAGAGCCCUCGUUAUCGAUGGGCAGAGGCGACUUUUAUUUUCAGGGUCUAUUCAUUAUCCCCGAACCACACCAGAGGUGUGGCCGGAGAUUAUUCAAAAAUCCAAGGAUGGGGGUUUAGAUGUAAUUGAAACUUAUGUCUUUUGGAACUAUCAUGAACCUGAAAGAAGGCAGUACAAUUUCGAGGGCAGGUUCGAUCUUGUAAAGUUUGUGAAGACAGUGCAGGAUGCAGGCCUUUAUGUACAUUUGAGGAUUGGGCCCUAUGUAUGUGCUGAAUGGAACUACGGUGGUUUUCCUAUUUGGUUGCACUUUAUUGAUGGAAUUCAAUUUCGCACAACUAAUGCUGCCUUUAAGAGUGAAAUGGAGAUAUUUUUGGCAAAGAUAGUUAAUUUAAUGCAGGAUGAAAAGCUUUUUGCUUCAGAAGGUGGGCCUAUCAUCCUCGCCCAGGUUGAAAAUGAGUAUGGAAAUGUCGAGUGGGCAUAUGGGAUUGGGGGAAAAUUAUAUGUGGAAUGGGCAGCAUCAACUGCUGUGAGCCUUAAUACAACUGUUCCUUGGGUAAUGUGCCAACAAGAAGAUGCUCCUGAUCCAAUUAUAAAUACAUGCAACGGGUUCUACUGUGACGAGUUUACUCCUAAUUCCAGGUCAAAGCCUAAGAUGUGGACAGAGAAUUAUAGUGGAUGGUUCCAAGCAUUUGGCAGUCCUACUCCUUUUAGACCUGUUGAGGACCUUGCAUUUGCAGUUGCUCGUUUCUUUGAGACAGGAGGCACAUUCCAGAACUAUUACAUGUAUUUUGGAGGUACUAAUUUUGGGAGAACAGCGGGUGGGCCUCUCAUUGCAUCAAGUUAUGAUUACGAUGCUCCACUAGAUGAAUAUGGUUACCUUAGACAACCAAAAUGGGGUCACUUACGAAACCUCCACAAUGCAAUAAAGCAGUGUGAGAAGAUCUUGGUCACGGAAGAUCCAACUUACAUUUCAUUUGGUGCGAAAACUGAGGCACAUUACUACAAUGGUUCAGAUGGAUGUGCAGCAUUUCUUGCUAAUAUUGACGAUAGUUCUGAUGCUAAUGUGACAUUUAAUGAGAGAUCGUACUUCCUUCCUGCUUGGUCAGUGAGCAUCCUUCCAGAUUGCAAGAAUGUCAUAUUUAAUACAGCUAAGGUUAGUGCACAACAAAGCAUCUCUGCACAUGGAACUUCCACUUUUGUCAAGGAGUAUUCUCUUGCAUUGUCUUCAUGGAGUUGGCAUAAAGAACAAGUAGGGAUUUGGGGUCGCAAUUCAUUCACAAAACCAGGAUUGCUGGAGCAGAUUAACACAACGAGAGAUGUUAGUGAUUUUUUAUGGUAUACAACAAGUGUCAAUGUUGAUGAGAAACUCUCUUCCGAGGACUUAUAUCUGGAUGUUGAAAGUUUGGGACAUGCUUUGCUGCUCUUUGUUAACAAAAAGCCUGCAGCUUUUGGAUAUGGUAAUCAUGAGGAUGCAAGCUUUACACUCAAGACUCCAAUUGUAUUAAACCAAGGAAACAAUACACUAGACUUAUUGAGUAUGAUGAUUGGUCUACAGAAUUAUGGGCCAUGGUUCGACAUUGCAGGAGCUGGAAUUUUUAGUGUGAUGCUUGUGGGAUCGGCAAAUAUCUUGAAAGAUUUUUCUUCUAUCGAAUGGACAUACCAGAUAGGAAUGGAAGGUGAAUAUCUCGAGCUUUACAAGUCAGAGAAUAAUUCCCUGUGGGUUACUGGGAACGACAUUCCAAAUAAUCAAAGCCUCAUGUGGUACAAGGCCACAUUUGAUGCACCUGAAGGAAAUUCUCCUUUGGCACUAAACCUUGCAAGCAUGGGCAAGGGUCAAGUCUGGGUUAAUGGGCUUGGCAUAGGGCGGUAUUGGCCUGCAUAUUUAGCCCCGGCUGCUGGUUGCGCAGACCCUUGUGAUUACAGAGGAACAUAUGAUGCGCAAAAAUGUCUCAAGAAUUGUGGUCAACCAUCACAAACUUUGUAUCAUGUCCCUCGCUCAUGGCUUAAUCCUACUGGAAAUGUGUUGGUUCUCCUUGAAGAGCUUGGGGGUGAUCCCACUAAGAUCACCAUAGUAACCAGAACAGGACAACAAAUAUGCAGUCAUGCAUCAGAAUCAGAUAUUCCACCAGUUGACUUUUGGGACAAAAAUAAACUUGACUUUGAGGCUGUGAGCCCUGAAGUUAGAAUAAGUUGUGAACGAGGGUGGCAGAUUUCUUCUGUCGAUUUUGCAAGCUUUGGAACUCCACAAGGGAAAUGUGGCUUGUAUAGUCAUGGAUCCUGCAGUGCUAAGGAUGUCCUAUCACUUGUUCGCAAGACAUGUGUUGGGCAUGAAAGUUGCUCUAUCCCGGUAUCUGCAAGCGUUCUUGGGGAUCCAUGCCCAUCAGUGGUGAAAAGCCUUGCAAUCCAAGCUACAUGCACUGAUUUAUAUACUUAGUGCUCCGAAUGCUUGAAAGGUAUAAUACAAAUUUCCAUUUUCCUUGUCUCUCUUUUAGUUUGAUUUUGUGACAGGCUAAUGUUAUGAUCUCUAUGUAAACGAUUGAAAGUCAUUGAACAGAUAUUCUGUUUUUCUGACUGUUGCUUCUCCUGAAUAAAUAGUGGUCUUAUCAAUAGGCUGUGAAGCAUAGCAGCGUGGUUGCUAAGCUUGUAUUUCAAGCACCAUGUAAAUUGUAAAUGGUCGAACAAACAUUUUGUUUUUCAUGUUUUGGAAUAAAAAGUUGCCUCUGUCAAUUAACUUUGAA